CUUAGAAAGAAAAUCAGAAUCGGCAAAAAUCGGUAUCGGCCAAAAAAAAUGCAAUCGGUGCAUCUCUAAUAAUGACGUAAGCAUCACAUGGUUGCCGCAGAUUUGUCGGCUGCACAUCCAUGAUGCAAAUCUUCCAUUCCACCAUACCCCCAGGGUGCUCUAUUAAGAUCUGGUGACUGUGAAGUUCAUUUGAGUACAGAGAACUCAUUGUCAUGUUCAAGUGUUCAUGUUCAUGUUCAUGUGAAUUGUAGCCUCAGUUGCCAUUCAGUCGGUCACGUUUUCGCUUCAGAGCUGAGCGUUCACGAAUGCUGUCUUUCAAAUAGUGUUUCUAAAAUGAAAAUGAGCAGUUCUUCGGGUGAACCUCUCAAGAUUUCUGUGUUGGUGUACGGCACAGAAGCAGGGUCGAUUUUCUUUCUCUUUUUUGCCUAGUUGAGCAAAUAAAGGCUGUUCUCUUAGCUAGUAUGGUGCGCUGUUGGGGGCGCUGAAUAGGCCUCCAUUGUCACUGUAGCUUGCAUGUGUUGUGGUCUGUUCUGUUUAUGAAGUUUUUCUUUGUCUACCUUAUGAAUCAACCACACCAGGGCACAGUUGCCACCUUGUGGAUAAACUAAUUACUGCAAAAAAAAUUAAAUGUGCAUGUGAGACCUGCAAAAAUCUUCUGAUGAAAAAAUUCAUGACACACGCACUGUACACUAAUCCUUGCGUACACAACUAUACUUUGGACUUUAAAAAUGAUACCAUCAGAGGACACAUUCCAAGGUAAGAAGGCAUCAAGGCAUGUCAGAAUCUAAUGUUAUCUUCACUUCCUGUCUCAUGAGACCUUCAUCUGAUCGCUUUUCGAAGGAAGUAUAGAUGUAUCCUUCGCUGUCUUUGAUAUCCAACAAUCCCAUGCAUUCCAUUCAGUGACAGUUGAGCUAGAAAAAGAAAGAUGGUGUCUGAAAGUUGCAGUUUCUGGUCAGUUUGCGUGCAAAUGUACAUUUUUGACUAAAGUUUUCCACUUCUGAUUCUGGUGACAAAUUACUACUGUAGUAAUUAAAUAUUUGUUUAGUUCACACCAAAACUCGCUCUAUUUUGAUGUAGAUCAUUGUUAUGCUGCCUCAUACUACACUCAUUUUAAAACAAAACAGCUCAUUUUUCGGUGUUGUGCAAAUAAAUGUGUAUCUAUCAGGGAAGAGGAACCAAGCCAAACUUCAUUCCAUAUUUAUCUUCUGGCAAAACACAGUCCUCACUCCCCAAACCCCAAAGGUCAGCCCAGUUUCACAACACCAAGUGAUUCAAAACAUGAUCCUUCAUGACGUGUUGGACCCUACAGAUUUUAACACUGAUUCUAUGACUAUAAAAUAAUGAAACCACAAGCAUCUGCACUGAUAACUGAGAGACGUAUCACACUGAGCCAGGAAUAUUCUUAGCGGAUGUCACAUAAUUUAACAGAGAAAUAAUCAAGUAUGUCACAAGCCAACGAAACCGCAGCUUCUGUAGUAACCGAGUUUUUCAUCGUGGGCUUCCCUGGACUCCUGCCCAAAUACUACAGCCUGAUGGCAGCGCUUUUGUUCUGCAUCUACAUCGCUGUAAUCACCGGAAACUCUCUCAUUGUGGUCCUGUUUGUGAUUGAACGCAGCCUCCAUAAGCCUAUGUAUAUUAUCUUGCUGAGUUUGUCCUUUUCUGAUAUUGGUUUUUGCACAGUUGCUCUGCCUAAAGUCAUUUCUCGCUACUGGUUUAAUGACGGUUAUAUUGCAUUCUACGUUUGUUUGUUUCAAAGGCAGCUGAUUCACUAUUUUGGGACCCUAAACUCUCUUAUUAUGAUGAUCAUGGCUCUAGAUCGGUACUUGGCGAUCUGUUACCCACUAAGAUACCCUGUUUUAAUGACUAACCGCACUAUGAGACUUUUAAUAGGGUUUUCCUGGGUUACUGCAAUGAUUUCACCAACCAUCAGCUCAAUGCAAACAGUGACACUGCCGUUCUGUGGGCCAAAUAUGAUCGCUCAAUGCUUCUGUGACUCUCAGUCUAUGAACCAGCUCGCCUGUGCUGAUGUCAGCCUCCAGAAUCGCAUUUCCUACGGUCUAGCAAUGUUUGUGCUUCUCGUGCCAUUCUCUUUCAUCAUCUUUUCCUAUGCAAGUAUCCUGGUGUCUGUGCUUCGAAUAGCAAAUGCACAGGGUCGUAUGAAAGCCUUUUCUACCUGUGCCACACAGCUGACUAUCAUUAUCAUCUAUUAUGUGCCACGCUUCGUGGUUUACUCCGGUUCUAGCAUCCCGAACAUUCAGAUGAACAGCAGUCAGAAGGUCGCCCUGGUCAUGUUCUACAGUCUGCUUCCACCACUAGUGAACCCCUUUAUUUACUGCAUCAGGAUCAAAGAAAUCAGACUGUUUUUUCUCAAAUGGUGUGUCCAGAGAAACAGGAUGAGUCUAAAAAUCAAUGGGUUAAUUAUUUCUUAAUGAGAUUAUCCGCCUAUCCCUGUUCUGAUAUAUCUCAUUACAUGCUCUUUACUGUAUAUGCAUUUGUUAAUAUAGUUAUUUUUUAAUGCAUUAUAUUAUAGCCUACAUAUUUAUCAAGCCAUUUAUCCAGUUCUUCAUUUUAAAAAAUUACAUGAAAUAUUUGUAGUAUCAUUUGUCACACUGCAGACAUGUUUAUCAACUGUAAUAUAUUUUAAUUAUAAUAAAUAUAUUUUUAAUUAAUUAAAUAAUUGUAUAAAUUAUUUUAAUAAAUAAUUCCCACCAAACAUACAUGCAAUAUGACAGCAGUUUUUGUUUUUUAUUCAUAAUGUUUCAUUAGAUUAUUAUUAAUAAUAUGUUCUAUUAUUUUAUACAUCUAAGAUCUUGGUUAUGAAUGCUUUUACCUGUUUUUAUUAGUAUUUCUCAUAAAUUAAAUGUGUAUGCUGAUUAAAAUUAUGAUAAUUUACUCCCUUCUUAGUCCAAAAUCACAUUAUUGAACUGGUAAAUUUCAAAGAAUGUCACACUUAAUUUUAUUUCAGAUUUACUUAAUU